AUGUAAUUUAUUUAAAAGUUGACAUCUUAUUUUGUUACGAUAGGUACUAAUACAGAAAGAAGAACAAAAUAUAGAGACUACGGUAAUAUGGCCAUGAUUUUGUAUUAUUUCAUUUAACUAAUUGGGUAUAUUUUUAGCCAGUUCGAACGAAAGACAAUAAAAUAUUAUGAAAAUAACUUUUUAGCUUAAGUGAGUUAAUAAUCGUCAAUUCCUUUUAUACUAAUAAUAAUUCAUUAUGAUCCCUUGACACUAUUUACAUACUACAGUAUUUUUUUAACCAUGCUAAGCAUAUUUUUAAUUGCAUUAUUUCAAAUCAUUUUAAAAGUAAAAUCUUUAUAAACUAGUUCUAGACCCUGCCCUUAUCAUCUCCUUUAAAUCAAUUUAUUAAAUUCUACUUUUAGAAUUUCUAAUGGUUUUUUUUGACUCCUUUUAAUGAAUGUAUGAUAGGAGUGAUUACAUGUGGCAAAUAAUCAUAUUUAAUUCAGCAUUCAGAAAUAAAACCAUAAGAAUGUUUAUCAUAAAUUUCUUUACAUUAUGUAAUUAUAAGCUUUUUUGGAGUUAUUUUAGUUUCAUUAUCUGGGAUAGUGUCUGUUUUUUGUUUUAGGAAUUACGAUUUUUUGUAAGCAGGAUUAUUAAAGAAGUUUUCCUAUAUCAAUUUUAUUACAAUAUUUUUGCAUCAACUUUUAAUAACUUUAUCAUUUUGGAAAGAAAUGUAUCAAAAUCAUUACAUAAUUAUCUAUACUUGUUAUUUCUUUAUCAUGUUUUGCUUAUUGUUAGAUGUAUUUACAAAAUACCCAUUUGGAUUCACUACUGAAACGAUAUUUUAUUCAUAAAUUUUAAUUAGUUCUAUUUUUUUUGGAGCUUUAGUAGCUUGUUGGAUAUUUACUAAUUUAGAUGAUGGUGUUAUUUUCUUAACUAGCUGUAUAAUUAUUCCAGUAUAUAAAAAUAUAAAUUUUAGUUAAUUGUUUCUCUAAACUAAGCUUAUUUUUAGAAUCAAUUUGACUUAGAAAGCUUAAGAUUUUGUUCGAAUGCUAACUUUGUUUUGAGCGAAUUUACUUUAGAAUAUUUUGUUCUUCUCUCCCAUCCUGUUACUAUGACAAAAUAAAGCUAUUUUUAAUUUAUAAGAUAUUUAAAUAUUCAUUGCUCAACCUGUAAUGACAUUAAUUGCCCUUGCAAUAAACUAUUAAAAACAUUUGUUACAUAAAAUUAAAAAUUAGAUUGUGAACCUCUUUAUAUUUGGAUACAAUAUCAGUUUUAAAAGUUAAUCAAAAUCUCUAUCAAUAAAGAGUAUCCUAUAAACAUUUUUGAACAAUUAACAAUUAAAUUUGUAACCUUUUUAAAAAAAUAUCGCAGUAAUUAAUACUUAUCAUUUAAAAAUAUUCAAGAUGUUGUUUUAAGCUAUAAACAAUAAAAAAAUAAUUAGACUAAUUAAAUAUAAUUUUUUCUACAUUUAACAAGAAAAAUUUAAUUUGAUUGCAAACUUGAUAUUGAAUAAUAAAAUAGAAAUGAAAAUUUUUUAAGUAAAAAUGAAUUUAAAACAUUAAUUGAUUUAAAUUUGUUUUUAUUUUAUGAAAUUCAAGUUAUGUAAAAUAUUAAAAUAGCACUUAAUCUAUAAAAAGAUUUUUGGACUAAUUAUAUUAAUGGAAGCUUUAAGAAUUAUGAUGAUUUAUUGGAAUAAUCGAAAAAGAUUUCAAUUUAAUUCACAAUAGUCUAGUAAGAUUACAAUAAUUUUAUUUCUUAAAGAGAGGAUUAAAAAUAUGAAAAUAUUUUACUUAUUAGAUUGUAAUUAUUAAUCUCAGUUGUUUUCUUAGAUGAUCUUAAUAAACAAAUGAGACUUUCAAAGAAAUUAUAGAUAUUGCAAUAAGAAGAAUCAGCUUAAUCAUCAUAACAAUUUCACAUUUUAAAUUACAUAAAAGGUGCAGCAAUUUCAUUACAAUAAUUAAUAGCAUUUUAAGAUUUUGAUAUAAAAAAUAUUAAAAUAAAAGAAAAUUACAAAAAAUUUUUUGGUUAUGAACAUUCAGAUGAAACUCCUACUUUAAAAGAUUUAAUACCUCAUAAAAUUAGAUCAAUUCAUAAUGGUCUUAUUGAUUAAUUUUUGUUUUUGGGAAACAGUUCAAAAAUAAAUUCCAGUUAAGAAACCUUCAUAGUAAAUAAAAAUUAAUUUAUUGAAAAAGUAUCUAUGAGCUUGACAGUAUUAUUACCAUAUUAAGGAAGCGAUUAUUAUUUUUAUAUAUUUUCUCAUUUAUUAAAGAAGUAAGGGUUCUAUAGAAAUAAUGAAGUGUUUAAUUAAUCAGGCUCAAUAUUAGUUGAUAACAAUUUCAAUGUUAUAGGAAUGACUUAAAGUAUCUAAAAUAAAACUAAUUAAUUUUCUUAAUGUGAAAUCAACUUUUCUGAAAUUUAAAAUAAAUUAACUAUAUUCCACAUUUUUCCAGAUCUUUUAGUAAAAUUGAAAGAAUUUUAUAAAUAAAAAUAAAUAAAAAAUGAUAGAAUUUUAGAAGAGGAAAUAAUAAUUCAAAAAGAAAAUUUAAAUUUUGUUAUUCCCAAUCUAGAAAAUUUAUUCAAAACAUAAAUGUAAACAACUACAAAUAAAAUUGAUUUUGAAAGAAAAAUUAGAUACAUACUAAACGAUUUAAAUGAAUUUGAAAAAAAGGGUUAUUUAUACUAAAAUACAUCCUAUUCUUUUCAGGUAGAAUUAACAAUCAUUUAAAAAAUAUUACAUCCAUAAAUUAAUGGUAUUAUUAAAACUUUUCUAUACUACUUAAUAGAUAUUUAAUUUUCAGAUGACGAAAAACAAAGUAAAUGUACGUUUUAAAGGCUUCCCUCUUAAUCAGAUAAUAACAUCAAGAAAGUUAUUUCUUAAUAAAAAAUAUAAAAUUAAACAUAAAAUCAUACCCAAAUAGCAAUAUAUUCAUUUGAAUCAGAGAAAAAAGAAUUCUUGGGCCAUCACUAAUUUGGAGCCUCUUCUACCGCAACAGAAAAGAAAAGCAGUAAUAAUUUAAAUAAUUAAAUAACAUUACUUCAAUCAAUAAUGACAAAAUCAAAAUUGCCUCAUUAAAUGUAGUAUUUAUUAUGCUUUUUAUCAUUAUAGAUUAUUUUUAUAAUUGGCAUAAUUAUAUCACUAUUAAUUUUGUUUGGUAAAAAAUCUUCAAUGUAAUCAGAAUGUAUUAAAAUCAUCACUUUAGAUUUGGAUUUUUUAGAUGCAUAUUCUCAGAUUAUGAGUGGAUCUAGGCAUACAAUAUAUAUUCGAGAUUUUUAUUAAAUAAUAAAUGAUACUACAUUAUAAAUCGACAAUCAAGAAUUGAACUUUAGUAAUUAUGAUAAAUUAUAUAUAUCAUGGAAUCAUUUAAAUUUAGGGUUGAAUAGAUUAAUAACUAUUUAUUAAUAAAAUAUCAAUAUUUUCUAAUAAAGUUCUGAAGAUUCGUUAAAUAUAUAUAUAAUAAAUGGGAAUCUUUAGAAUAAAAUAACUCAAACUGUAUCAGAACUAUCAACCUAUUUUUAAAUAAUGUUUUAAAUUUUUUUUAUAUCUUAAAAGACCUAAAGUCAAAACAUAAUAAAUUAUUUAGAAGAUUCAGAAGACCCGUAUUCAACUUAAAUCAGUAGAUCUUUGGUUUAUUAUAAUUAUUUUGAAGUUGUCUAGAUUUUCUAAAUGAAAAUUGAUGCUUGUAAAAGUUAUAAUGAUUUUAUUAACGAAUAUUUAGAUACUAUUUCAAAUUAUUUACUUAUAGGAUUUUACUGUAUUUCAAUUUUAAUAACCUUCUUAUAACUUUUAUUCUAUAAUAGAUUAAAUAAAUAGAUCAGACUCAAUUUUGAUGUGUUUGUCAAAUGUGAUUCUUCCGAUGGGAAUUUAUUUUUAAGAAAUAAUGAUUUUUUAAGAAAUAUCAUAAAUAAAAAAUCAGUUAUUUUAAGUAAGAAAGGCUUUGUUAAAAUAUAAGAAAAACCAUUUGUUGAAUAUGAUUAGAUGCGAUUUAAGAAUUAAAAUUAAUUACAGGCUAAUGGAAAAACCUAUUAAUCAUAAGAUUAAAAAAUAGUGUUAAAAAAACAUCUUUCUCAAAUUAAUUAUAUACUCACUUUAACAUUGAUUUGUAUUUUUGGUCUCAGUUAUGGUAUGGGCUUUUAAAUAUAUUACAAUUUCAUUUCUUAAAAUAUUCAACCUUUUAAUGACGAAGCUAUUAAAUCAUAAUAAUAAAGACUAACUCUAAUUACCACAGUUAAUAAAUAUGAUUAGUAUCUAAUAAAAACUGUAUUUGAAUCAUAUUAUAAUUUAACUUUAAUUAAUCCUUAAUUUGAAGUAUCAAGAAAUUUAAAAUCUGAUUUUUUUAUUUUAAAUCAAUUAGAAUUUAAUAAUACUCUCUUGAGUUAAGAGAUUAAAGAAUUUUAACACUUAAAUUUUACUGAUUUCUUAUUUAAUUCAAGAACCUUUAAUGCUAUUAAUGGAAUCUAACAAAAAGAAAUUUUGUCCUAUGAUACAUGUGUUUUAACAGGUUGUGAUAUGCAUAAUGAUCUGCUAAACGAAAGAUUGUUCCAUGAAGUCUUGAAUCCUUAUUUUUAUUAAGGAAUAGUUAAUUUACAUUAGAUAUUGUCUUAAAUAUUUUUUGAAAUUGAUGUAUAUCUAUAAAAACCAUAAACAAAUUUAGAUAGGGUGAAAUAAAUUCAUAAUUUUUUGAAUGAAUAAGAUUAUGUGAUUUAUGUAUUGUGGGGACUUGAUGCGAUAUAAUUUUAAAUUGCUUAAUUUUGUUAAUAUUUUGUGAAUGUGUCUUUGGAUGCCAUAACAAAUUUAACAAUAUACUCAAAGUAAAACAUUAUUAUUUUUGGUAUUGGAACAAUAUUAAUUAUUAUAAUUAUAUAAUUGCUUUUUGUUAAAUAAUAAAUCUAGAGAUAUCAUUUAUCCAAGUCACUUUUAAAGUUAAUACCUCUUGAGAUUAUUUUCAAGAAAAACAUUUAUAAAUAAUUGUAACUAAAUGAAAGGAGAAAUCGUGUUGAUUUUGCUUUAUAAUUUUGA